CUAAAGGCCAGUGACAGGGGCAUGGAGGCCCCGCCGUGCAAGCGUCCGCGUUGCAAUGGCCUCGAGGUGCUAGUGGUGGCCGAUUCCCCUCAGCGAGUCAGCACGGCGCUGGGCGGUGUCGAAGGAGCGCGCUGGCUCCACCACGCGCCGGAGGCUCUGAAGGACCAGCAGAUCAGCUUCCUGGUGGCUCCGGCGCCCCCACUGGCCGCGGACGCGGACGCUGCCAAUCCGGACGCGCCGGAGGCCGAGGUGGCGGAAAAGGCGCGGCGCUGCGUGGCGGUGGUGCUCUGGCUGGAGCUGACGGCGGAGGGGGAGCUCGCGGGGCGCCGGGCGCUGCAUGCUGCGCUGCCGGCGCUGCAGAGUCACCCGGCGCUGAAGGCCGUGAGCAACGACGUGGUGCAGCUGGAGGAGUUCCUGGAGUGGGACGACCGGGCCGGCUGUGAGGUCUGGCAGGUGCGCAGCCCCUGCCUGGGCCUGCGCUCGCUGCAGGCGGCCUUCGGCCACCUCUGCAAGCCCCGGCUCCGGGAAGCGCGCUGCGAGGAGCAGCGGAGGCAGCGGGUGGCGGAACUGGGAGCGAGGAUGGCGCGGUGCAAGAUGUUUCACAGCACCACGCCAUGUACCCUGCUGGCGUUGGCCUUCUGCCGGCGCUGGGACCGGGCGCGGCAGACGGAGUUGGCCAAGAAGCUCCUGGCGGAUGUGCAGAUGUCUGGCCAGACAGAGGAGCUGGAGUGGCAGCUUGUGGAGGGCAGCCCGGACACGCUGGAAAAGAGCCUCUGCGUGGUCCAAAAAGUGAGCCAGGAGGAGCUCUCCGCGGCGCCGAAGCUGCUGGACGCCGCGGGGCUGCUGGCGGCAGCGAGCGAGGAGCUGGACUGGGACCCGACGCGCGCCUGGCGGGCGGCCGAGGAGCUCUACCAAGCCGGGUUGAUCAGCUGCCCGCGGACGGACGCCACAGACUUCCCAGUGGGCUUCGAUGUGGCGGCGCUCGGGGCGAUCCUGGGCGGUGACUCCAAGGCGCCGCGGCGCAGCUUCGGGCACGAGGCCCUGCCGGUGGUGCCCUUGUACGGGAAGGGCUACCUGGAGCUGCAGCUGAAGACGCUGAAGGGGAAGGAGGACGGCGCGACGCUGAUCAAGCUGUUGAUGCGGAGGUUCCACGCCUCCAGAGAAAGCGCCAUGCGGUACUUGCGCCACACCGUGCAGGUGACCGUCGGGCAGUUGACCUUUGAGUUCUCCUUCAACGAGAUGUUGGAGCAGCGAAGCCCUGAGUACCACCAGGUGGCCCUCCUGGCCCUGGCAGAGAGGGACGGCCCGCAGAAGUUCUUCGACGGCCCGGUGUUGCAGUGGCUCAAGGCCUUGCGGCCAAAGAAGGUGCUGAAGGUGACCCGCCUGCGCUGGGCCGCCAGCGCUCACUCGGCCAGCGCCAGCUCCACUGCCAGCGCCGGCGCCGCCUCGGGCGCCGCGGGUCGAGGAGUCGAGCGCCGGCCGCUCCGCGCGGAGCUGCUGAGGCGGUUGGGGCCUUUGGCGCGGACGUGGGGCCACCCACUGCCUGGCUGCUUUCAGGAGAUGCUGGCCAAGGGUCAUUUGGUGGAGGGGAAGGUGGUGGACGACCUGUCGGAGCUUGCCCAAGUGCUCGGGAAGCUGGCCAAGGAGGGGGAGGAGCAGGCGCUGGACUCUUUGGUGCAUCGCCUCACCGGCCCGGAGCUGGGGGACCGUGUGGAGUUCAGAUCGAAGCGCUUAGAGGAGUGGCUCCCUGCGCGGGUGGUGAAGAUUCGCGGCAAGGGCUGUGCGGAGUGGAAGAAGGGCUACGACGUCUCCCAUGGCGAAGGCCUUCUCAAGAGGAACGUCUCCUUUGAGCUGGUGCGCCCCGCGCCCGAGUUCGGAGUGGGUGACAAGGUGCGGGUGAUCAGCUCCAUGGAUUCCGAUUGCCUUGGCCAGAUCCAGCGGAUCGUGGACGACCUGCAUGAUGUGCUCUUGACCGAAGGGAGAUGCAGCGGACAGGUCAAAGAGAAAGUGCCUUUGUGCAAACUCCGGCGCACGGGCUCCCCUUACUUGAAUGGUGGCCAUGCCUAAAGGAUGGCGGUGAAUAGAUUUGGGUGUAGCCGAAAUCGAGCGGGUCGCUGUUGCA